AUGGCUCUUUUCUGGAUCCUGUCUUGUCUUGCUCUUGUGAGCGCAACCUAUGGUUGUGGUGUCCCUGCAAUCAAGCCUGUUGUCACUGGCUAUGCAAGGAUUGUGAACGGUGAGGAGGCUGUGCCCCACUCCUGGCCCUGGCAGGUGUCUCUGCAGGAUUACACUGGUUUCCACUUCUGCGGUGGUUCCCUGGUCAACCAGUACUGGGUUGUGACUGCUGCUCACUGUGGAGUCAAGACUUCUCAUCGUGUGAUCCUGGGAGAGCACAACCGUGCUUCCAACACUGAGAGCAUCCAGACCAUGUCUAUUAGCAGGGUCUUCCAGCACCCCCAGUACAACAGCUACACUAUUAGAAAUGACGUCACUCUGAUCAAACUGUCCUCUCCUGCCCAACUCAACACCCGUGUGUCUCCUGUGUGUCUGGCUGGAACCUACGACAACUUCCCUGGUGGACUGAGGUGUGUGACCAGCGGAUGGGGUUUGACCAGAUACAACGCGGCUGACACCCCUGCCCUCCUGCAGCAGGCUGCCCUGCCCCUGCUGACCAACACUGACUGUCAGCGUUAUUGGGGAAGCAGGAUCUAUGAUGUCAUGAUCUGUGCUGGAGCUUCUGGUGCCUCCUCCUGCAUGGGAGACUCUGGUGGUCCUCUCGUGUGUGAGAAAUCUGGUGCCUGGACUUUGGUUGGUAUCGUGUCCUGGGGAAGCAGCACCUGCUCUACCAGCAUGCCUGGAGUGUACGCCCGCGUCACCAUGCUCCGUUCAUGGAUCGACCAGACCAUUGCCUCUAACUAAAGCUGUCAAAGCCAUGCAUUCAGUUUCCUCCUCUUUAUCAAUAAAGAUGAGCUUGUUUAAAUGAC